AGACAGCUUGCCCACCGGCGGCCGGGGUUAGCGUCUUUCAGCGUCGUUUCAGCGUCGACAUAUAAUACGUUCCCACGCCCGCGCGUUUGACCAACGCCUGUCCGUUUGCCUGGCAUCAUGACAGACUGGGAAGCCAAGGCGGCCGCGAAGCGCGCCCAGCGCGACGCCCUCCUUCCAAAGGACACGCUCCUGCCCUCCGCCCCCACGGAUCUCGACGUAUCGUCCGUCCCAGCGACGAGCGGCAUCCUCUCUGCCCGCGAACUCGAAAUCACCGGCACGCCAAGCAUCACGGCGCUCCUCGAUGCGCUCAAAGCGCGCACCUACUCGGCGGAGGAGGUGGUCUCGGCGUUCUGCCGGCGCGCGGCGAUCGCGCACCAGCUCACCAACUGCCUGACGGAGAUCUUUUUCGACCGGGCGCUGGCUCACGCGCGCGACCUCGACGCCGAGUAUGCGCGCACCGGCCGCCCGCGCGGCCCGCUGCACGGCCUCCCCGUGUCGCUGAAGGAGCAGAUUGCCGUGCGGGGCGUCGAGCGCUCCUUCGGCUUUGUGGGCUGGCUCGGGCGCGUGCCCGAGUCCGAUGCGGCGAUUACUACACUGCUCGUGGAGGCGGGCGCCGUGCCGUACUGCAUCACGAAUGUUGCACAGCACCUCGGCUUCGGCGCCGCCGUGAACAACGUCUUCGGCGAGACGUGUAAUCCGCACAAUCGCAACCUCACGCCGGGCGGCUCGUCGGGCGGCGAGGGCGCACUUAUCGCGCUCCGCGGAUCCGUGCUCGGUGUCGGCUCGGAUAUCGGCGGCAGCGUGCGCAUCCCCGCCGGCUUCAGUGGGCUUUACUCACUGCGCCCGUCGUACCAGCGCUUCCCGUACGAGGGCACGUGCAACUCGCAAGAAGGUCAGGAGUCGCUGCGCUCUGUCCUCGGCCCCAUGGCGGCGACGGUCGAUGGCCUCCGCCUCGCAUUCAAGGCCGUGAUCGAUGGCCGCCCGUGGCGCCUCGAUCCCGUCGUCCUCCGCAUGCCGUGGAGCGAGGAGCGGUACCGCCUUGCCGAGCAUGGGGGCGGCGAGCGCCUGGUUUUCGGCAUGAUGUCCGACGACGGGUUCGUGCGCGCCGCGCCCCCGUAUGCGCGCGCGCUGGCCGACGUCAAGGCCGCGCUCGAGACAGCGGGACACACCGUCGUGCCCUGGAAAGCGUACGAUGCCGAGCGGGGGUACGCGCUCUUCGGAGAGGUGUGGAUGGCCGACGGGCACAAGGACCUGUACGACACGCUCGCGCUGUCGGGCGAGCCGCGCGUCGGGCCGCUGGGAAGCGGGCCCGAGACGCUCCUCGAGGACGAGGUGACGAUCACCAAGUACUGGGAGAUACAGUAUCGGAAGCAGCGUUUCUUGAAGGAGCAGCUGGAUCACUGGAACCGCACUGCGGAGCAUACCGGCACCGGGCGGCCUGUCGACGCCAUCAUCUGCCCCGUUAGCGCGACGCCGCCGCAGACGCUCCGCGGCCGCCAGUACUAUGGAUAUACGGCGUGGUGUAAUCUCGCGGAUCUGCCUUCAGCCGUCAUUCCGGUGACGCGCGUUAAUCCGGCCAAGGACCUCAAGGUGACCCGGGACGACUACUAUAACUGGCUUGACAAAGAGCUUUGGGAGAUGUACGACCCCGAGGUGUACAAGAACGGGCCAAUUGGGGUCCAGAUUAUUGGGCAAAAGGACGAAGACGAGGCCGUCAUCCGCAUGGCCGAAAUCGUGGACGCUGCGCUGAAGGCGAGCAAGUCGUGUUGAUGGAAUGUUGAAUAGGACCGAACGCCGGUGACUCUCCCGUGAUAGCGAUGAUAAGUCUGUGUCAAUUGGCAGUCAGCCGCCCCCGCUAGAUGCAGACAUUCAUGCUCUACAGGUUAGGCCGAAGACAUGACAAGGCCUUGGUGCCCUCUAAGAUCGCCCCGCGCCGCCGCGCCCUCGUACAAUGCAGUCAAGAUCACACGGUAAAGAUGCCGAUGAAUUGGAAUGUCGUCCGG